ACUCUGUGAUCCUUGCGUCUCGGACCAAUCUUGCCCCGUUUUUUAAUAUGUCCCUCGCUCCUCUCCUCCCCUCCCCCCUCUUGUCUCUCUCAUAUUCUCUGUGGACAGAGCGAAGGUGUUUCUCUCAGCCCGGAUGUGUUGUAGGCGCGCGUUUUCCAGAGGCGCGGUUAUAAAGCGUCCGUUAUUUAUCCGACUCUACUUUAAACUGUUCUCCUUUUCAGUAAGGAACUGCUAGGCGAGCCUCACGCGCACGGCAGGCAGCAAGACAAUCAAAUCAACGACUGAUCCCUUAUGAUUGCUCUGAAUCGAAUUUUCAUCUUUCAUUGAACUAUGAGAUUGCUUCAGCCCUGCUCUCUGGAUUAAUUCCUAUGUAAUCAUUAUUUGUUUCCCCCCAACUCGUCCAGUAUCUGUCUCCAAGUGUAGGAUAAGCUUGUUCUGUGGUCAUGGGGUGUAUAAUUUCAUUUUUGCCUAGGCUGGUGAGGGUCUUGACAGUUGUGUAAAAGCGGAUACCGCGUGGAUUUAUGGUCUUCACAGACAAAGAGCCAGCGAAAGGAAACUAGUGGAAGUUUGAGACCAGGAAAAAUGCAGGCGAUGUGUUGGUGUGCCGUGUUACUCCUGACGCCAGCGGUUUAUCUGGUGACAAGUGUUCAUGCUUCCAAGGGAGACCUCCUCAAGUCGGGCAGCCCCAAGUCAACGUUAAAACACAUAUGGACAGAAAGCGGCAAGGACCUGUCAAUCAGCAGGUUGCUGUCACAGACUCUCCAUGGCAAAGAGAACACCACAGCCCUGGAUCUGCGCUACGACACCCCAGAGCCCUACUCCGAGCAGGACCUCUGGGACUGGCUGAGGAACUCCACCGACCUCCAUGAUUCUAGACCUAGAGCCAAACGGCGGCCUAUGGUCAAGACGGGCAAGUUCAAAAAGAUGUUUGGCUGGGGAGACUUCCACUCCAACAUCAAGACAGUCAAGCUCAACCUCCUCAUCACCGGGAAGAUUGUGGACCACGGCAACGGAACGUUCAGUGUCUACUUCAGACACAACUCCACAGGCCAGGGCAAUGUGUCUGUGAGUCUCGUCCCACCAACGAAGAUCGUGGAGUUCGACGUGGCGGCCCAGCAGUCCGUGAUUGACGCCAAGGACUCCAAGUCCUUCAACUGCCGCAUCGAGUACGAGAAGGUGGAGAAGGGCGCCAGGAACACGCUGUGUAACUUCGACCCAUCCAAGACGUGUUACCAGGAGCAGACUCAGAGCCACGUCUCCUGGCUCUGCUCCAAGCCCUUUAAAGUCAUCUGCAUCUACAUCUCCUUCUACAGCACUGACUACAAGCUGGUGCAGAAAGUCUGUCCGGACUACAACUACCACAGUGAAACUCCCUACUUCCCCUCUGGCUGACCACUCCCACAACAACAACCCCAAUGUGGACCAGAAGCACAGAGUGGGGCUUCUUCUUCUUUUUCCCCACCCAGAGAAAUAUAUGUUAGCUGUACUGUUCUGAACAUAAAAUAAUGUGUAAAAUGAAUUGAUUACCUAUUUAUGAAAUGAAGACUUUUGAUGACGAUACAGAAAGUAAAGAUUUAUGGGGGCAGUGACACAUAAUAAUUUAUUUAUUUCAAAUGUUGUGCAAAACUGUUAUAAUUAUUUUUAUAAUUAUAAUAUUAUUAGUAUACAAAUACUAUGACUAAACAAAUAAUAUUGAUUAUAAUUAAUUUGUUUUAUUGGUUUCAUGCCUUUUUUCCAUCAAUGAUUUCAUAGAUGCAUAAUGUGUACAUAUUUGUGGUUGAUAGUUCCAUUUGUAACUAAGUAAAAUCAGCAUUUCAUGUACAGUGCAUUCGGAAAGUAUUCAGACCCCUUGACUUUUUCCACAUUUUGUUAGAUUACAGCCU